AUGAGCCGCUCCGCGGUGGAGCUGCGCGCGUUCGCGCUCGUCUCGAGCGCGUGGGGAUGGGUCGAGGAGAACGGGUGGUACGUCCUCGGGACGGUCAUCGCGUGCGCCAUGGCGUGGGGGCGCUUGAGAGGAGCGCUCGGGAGUGCGCGCGCGCGCCUCCGGAGCGGCGGCGAGAUGCCGAGCGCGUCGUCGUACCAAGAGCGACAGCGUCUCGCGCGUCGGCGACAAGAGGAAGCGACGCGAGCCGCCGCGGAGGCGCAUCACGCGCGCGAGCGCGAGAAGCGGCUGCGACUCGCGGAAGAACGACGCGCGGCCGCGCUCGGCGGCGGAGGCGGGAUGCGCGCGGGAGGACGACGGUUAGGGAGCGGCGCCGCGGACGACGACGGGGCGUCGUCCGCUUCCGCGUCCAAGCCGAAGCCGAAAGCGAGCGGCGACGACGAUCCUUUCAAGCGUCUGAGGGACCGUAACCCGCUCGCGGGGGAUCCCUCGGGCGGGGGAUUCACCUCUUCGCGUCGGCGGCCGCCGGGCGGCGGAUGA